UCACGGCUCCUGGAUGCCAGCGUUGAGCUGCACUUGGUAUCUCCUCCUUCCAUCUCUCGGCCUGUACUUGCACAAUUUGUCUCUUCCUGUGGCAUGCACAUCCCCAGCUGCUAUAUAAACAUCCCGGCCUCAUGAAUAUAUCAUCAUCUGUCCCACGGUGUUACGUAGCUUGCUGCGCUUGGAGUGGUUCAGUGUUUUCUAGCGUACAAAAACAGACGGAGAGAUGGCCAUGUCUAUGCAAGAACUCUUCUACGGUACGAGUGAGCCGGCCUACUUCAUCCACUAUGGGCGGCAAAACCCCCUCCCCUACUCUAACGUUCGCGACAUUCAGGUUCCAAACCUCCGCAGCCAUCGAGCCCAGUGCGCCACUUUCGACUUGAUGGUGCCAAUGUGCUGCGCCCGUUGCCAAGAACAGGUGCGAGGCUCACUGUAUGCUUUGCGCGGCGUCCAGGAUGUUGUUUGCGACCCGCACAAUCAAAGGGUGACCAUCGCUGGCUGUUUGGAGCCUGCACUAGCCGUUCGGCACCUGAGGCGGGUGAAGAAGGGUCCCACAUUCUGCUCUCAAAACAUAUCUUGCGCGGCGUCCAGAUAUGUGGUAUCCUCAUACCAGAAGUCACACGGUGGUCAACAAGACAACAGAGAUCGCAGGGGGUACGUCCAACUCGACACAAACGAGCAGAGGUCACACUCCGACCACAGCCACAACUCCUCAAGCACUGAGUUGUACACUCGGAGCUUCUGCCCAGCUCACAGACACACCACAGACACGCACUUCGCAAGCGUGCCAAACCCGACUAUAGCAACACGAGAAGACUGGGACUGUUGAACGCUCAUCGCCAAAUUUUUGUACAGCUACAGUAUGGCUCCACAUUGGAGCAAAAACCGGUGAAUAGUAUACACAUUGUCACAGAAAUGAGUAGCCUAUAGAAACCCAGGAUCUGGGGCAAGAAAUCGGCGACAGUUUCCUUUCUCUUUUAGUUGAGUAUGGGUUCCAUGAGUGUGUCACAACUGGGCGUAGUGGGUGAAACAGCCGUCGGGAUUAUCGCGAGCAAGUUUUAUUGCACAGACAUAUGCUCUUACUACUUCACAAAAUUGGGUGAUUGUUUGAGCCAGAAAGGCCACACCCACCUAUCGAUUUCCUCACCAUUGUCAUGGAUUCUCCGAUUGAGAUUUUCUCUACGAUGCAACUGCUUCCAUUAUUUUAACACUAAUACAAGAAGAAUUACAACAGGAACAUAGACGGAAUGCUCUUAUUCUCGCCUGCAGCUUUUAAACCUCAAUCGUCUCCUCGCAAUCUGAUUUCGAAACGAGUCGAUUUCGACGGCGCCGGCGCCCGCGCUAGACGAAUUCGUACAGUCUGAGCAUGGCGCGGUGAUAGGUCCAUGACGGUCAUGGGUGCCACUUCGUUGGGUCACGCUUGCGCAGGACGUGGAUUCGAGGCCUGGUUUAUGGAUUAGUAAGUAAACAGUUACUAAUUAAGAGUUUAAUUAGAAAGCACCAGCUCCCUAAACCACAGAUAAUUGAAAAUAGCAACUCUUUAUGUGAAGGUAAUAUGUUUGUUGGUUUGCAAAUUGAUUACAUUCUCCCUUAAAAGUAAAAUAGAAUAUUUCGAGACUUUAAAUAUGUUUUACAUUUUUGAAGAAAUAUCCACUUUAAGUGUUUCAGUGA